AGCGCAUAAGCAGAACAGCCGAAGCCUAAACCCACAGCAAAACCUCCAUGGCAUGAUUACAGUUUUCAGAGCUGCUUAUUGAGCUUCCCCCACCCAUCUCAUAGCGGCUCUCAGGAUUCAGUUCCCUGCUAAUCAAUGGCGAAACGACGUCGGGAGGAGACGGAUUCCGAUGACGGCGCGGCAAUCGUUGCGGCACCGGCGACGUCGUACAAUUCUGUUUUCAUCGACACCGACCUCGAUACGCACCUUGCCAUGAUGGUAUCCGAUCUCGACACUGUCUCUGAUCUCAAAAAGAAGAUAAUGUUCGAACACUUGCAGUGUUUACCUGAGAUGGGAGAGAUAAAGAUCCAUUCUGUGAAGGUGAAACGGAAAGGGGAAUUCUAUCAUCUGCCUGAUUCAAUGCUUGUUAGGACUGCAUUUCAAGGAACCCAAAGAAAUUGGUUCCUUUAUGUCACUAGUUCUAUUUCGGUGGAUCAGAUCUCCAACAAAACGGGUGAUAUGCAUGAUGGUAACAACCAAGUAGGGUUACUUUGCAUAAAAAAUUAUGCUCAAGAUGAUUCGGACUAUGUUCUUUCAGAUGAUCCUUCAAAAGCCUUGGCUCUAAGGGAUACUACUGUUGCAGUCCCAAGUGACUUGGGGAUGGACAUUAGACAGGUAAAUGAUGAGCGCUGUGGAGAUUUGGCCUCUGCUCAGAAAAAGAUAGUGUCUAGACCAAUUGAUCAAGAGAAGGCAUUCACCACUCCUAGCCAUGAGCUGAAGGAUGAUAAGUCCAGUGAUAGUUCAAAGGGAAUACCUGUAGAAGGUCCUUUGGCUAAAAGACAGAAAUUGAUGCAGGGGGAAGAUGCAUCUCAUAAACCUGCUCUUGAAGGUGGCAAUGAUUCACAGAACUUUCAUACUGUCAGAAAUGAAAAUACAUCAGCAAAUGACAAUGAAGGAGUUCCAGUUCACAUAAAAAAGAAAGGGAAGUCUGGUGCUAGAAGGAAACGUACUCACGGUGAGACUGGUUCAGAAGUGUCAAGUGUAAGGAAUAACAAAGCCAAAGAUAAAGACAACACGCUUACAGAAGUAGCAGAAUCUGUGUCAGCUGCAUUGCAAAAUGAGGGAGAGAAUACAUUAGAGACUAGAAUUGCUGAGGACUCAAUGGAACACAAGCAAGAAACAUUAGUGGUGGGUCCAAAUGCUUUAAAAGAAUCUUUAGAAAAUGGCAAUUUUAGAUCUGAUUCAGAGCAUAAGGAGAGCAAAAGAAAUGCAAAAAAGACCUUAUUAGCCUCUGACGAUGGGAUAUCAAUGUCUAUGCAUUCUUCUCAAAAUAUUGAGAUGGAAAGGAGACUGGAAACAAACUCUGGAGUUGCUCUUAACAGUUCAGAUAAUUCUUUUGGUGCUGCCCACACUACUAUAUGUACUCAAUCUGAAGUAAAUGAAAAAACAUCAUCAAGGAAAAGUCACUUUGCCAACUCUAAAGAAUGUCCACCACCAGUCAAUGAAGAGCAUCAGACCAAAGAUACUGGCAUCUUUCAUCCUACACAUGAAAGUGUUGUGUCCAAUAGUCCAAGGCUCAAGACUGAUCUUCCUAAUAUAAUUGAAGAGCAGAAUUUAUUACCAAAUAAUUAUGUUGAAACUGUGUAUUCUCCAAAACCUAAGCCAUCAGAUCAGGGUGAAAAAGUUACAAGUUCGAAACAUCUAUUACCUUCUUCUGACUUGUCAGUUGACAAGGGAGUUGUAGAACAUGACAAUAAACGGAAGAAGAAGAAGAAGAAGUCUAAUGCAAGAAUUCAACAGGAGUCAGAGAUUAAACACUAUGAUGAGCCUAAUAGUAAUACUUCAAUAUCUGUGUUGAAUUUCACUUCUGAUCAUGCAACUGAUGAGAUCAGGAAAGAUGAAAGCAGCAUUCCUGAGAAUGGAUCAGAUAAGACCGACAAGGAAAGAACUGUGCCAGAGAUUGAAGCAGAUGCCACUAACAAGGUUGGAAAUGAAAGCAAAGUUUUGGUGACCUGUGAUCUUGAAGUGACUGCCUCUGAAAUAUGCCCACCUUCAGACAUUGUUCAAGCAGAUGUGAGUACCAAGGGGGGAACAAAGCAUGACAAGAGACCUAAGAAAAAGAAGUCCAAGGGGUUGAGUGCAAGUAUUCAGUUUGAGCCAGAUAUAGUUAAUACUGAUCAGGCAACUGUAUUGAAAUUAUCCACUGAUGAUUAUGGGAAUGAUGAGACUAGUAAAACUGAAACCACGGUGCCCCAAAUCGAAGCAGAUCAUCAUAACAUGAUUGAGAAAGAGGGAAAGUUGCCAGAGACCUGUGAUCCUGACAUGAAAAUGCCUGAAAUGUGUCUACCCUCACAUCAUGGGAAUGAAGAGACUGCAAACCUCUCAUCUAAAUUGGAUGCUAUUCAGAGGACUGAAGACGGAAAUACUGAAAGAACUAAGAGGAAGAGAAAAAGUGCCAAGAAGAUAGCAGGAAAGACUCAGUAUAAAUUAGAGGAGGCAGAUGUAGAUCUGGUGAGUGGAAUUUCAUCAGCUGCAGUAAAUGUGGAAUCUAGUGAACCGGUGACUCAUGAUACUGCAAAAACUGAAGGCUUGAUGCCUCAUGCCCGAACUGGUCAGACAACAACAUUGGAGAAAGGGGAAUCAUCUGCAAAAGAUGUAGAUAUGCAAUCAGAAAAUUUCAUAUCUCCGGUUUGUGGAAAAGCAGAUAUGAUCUCUGAACAACUGGAAACAAUGUCUAGAGCUGAGCUUUCUAAUGCCAAUGCCACUGAAAAACAUGAAAACAGUGGUGGAAGUCAAAAGAGAAGAAAAUCAAAGAAGUCUCUUACAACAAAAAAAGAUUCUAGUUUGGAUCCUGCAAAUGUUACUUUGGGGGUCUCUCCAGAUGUCCCCACCGUUGACCUUUUUAUUGAUGGAUCUAAGGACCAGAGCCACUUGCACUGCAUGGAAAUAAAAAAUGCAUCAGGAGGACUAAUUGAUACUUCUGCUGCAGGUUCUCAUGUAGAAAUUGAUAAAGUCAAUGAGAGUGAGGCAGAACAUCUGCCUGUUAAGAAAGGACUUAAUGAGAAUGGACCUUUGCCGGUGAUUCAAACUGGUAAAAGUCAGUUGGAUGAAGAAAAUACAGAAAAGAAGGCAAAAAGAAAGAAAAAAAGGAAUAGCAGUAUUGGUGGGCAGAGCCAUUCAGUUUUGGCUAAGAAUGAUCAUGAAGUUGGUGUUGAAGUAUCAAAUGACAAUGUGUCGGUCAUGCACCAUUCGUCUAAUGUUGCUGAGGUGUCAGGAACAGCUAAAGAUGAUCAUGUUGGCCAAGUUGCUGUUACUGAUGCUGAGCUUCUGGAAGGUGCUGUCAAUAAUGGACAGGCCCCAGAAAAUCCUGAGGAUAAUAGUCGGGUGGAGCUACAAACUGAAGUCAGUACUGAUAAUUGUGGAGCAGUUAACUUCAGGAGCUACUUUGUUCCUGGCUCACAACAAGGCCAGGGUGUUUCUUCUGAUAAGGUGAAGAAAUCAGUGAAAUCAAAGAGGGAGAAUAAAGCAGGGAAGAAAUCUGUAAAAGGGAGCUUGGUGAACUCACUAGCUCAGGAUGAGGAUGUGAAUCCUGAAUAUAAGCAUAGCAGUAGGACUGAACUUGGAAAGUCAAAGUAUGAUAAACAGUCUAAGGCUAAGCUUCAGUCCAAUGAUAAUAGAAACAAUACUCUUCAGGAGGCUGGAAACCCUGCUGUUCAUGGUUCAGAGAACCCAAAGGAUGCUUUGGCUUGUACAUUUGAGAAUAACAUAUCUUUUGAUGAAUCAAGCUCAACAUCAAGCCCAACGCAUUCUCAAAAAUCUCCCCAAUGUAAAACAGAUAGAUCGCAGUCAGGUUCAAAUCACAAGAGUUUGUCUAGUAAACAGGUUACUGAUAAGAUUACAGGGGUUAUUACUUCACCAAGUGCUGCUCUUAGGGAUGAUGGAUCUGGUAAUUAUUGUGAUGACAAUGGGGCUGGAAAUUCUGAUGCCAGCACUCGAACUCCAUCCAAUGAUUCUUCAUCAUCUGGCUUCUCAGUUGGUGGAAGUGAAUUAAGUCAUCAUUCUUCCCGAAACGGAGCCAAUGGUGCCAAAAGGAAAAAAAGUCAUGGGGAGUGUAACAUUAAAUCAAACCUUUCAAGUGCGAAGAACUUAACCAUGGAUGAGAUUCUGAGAAGCUCUAGACGAUUCAAGAAGGCCAAGAUGACAGCUACUCAACGCCAACUUGAAACAGACAGCAAGGCUAUUGAUUUUGUUCCAGACAGUGAACCAAACUAGUAAUGACUUAAGUUUUUUUUUUUUUUUUUUCCUAUGGAAACCUUUUCAUACUCUCUGGGGGAAAAAUGGGGGUUCUCUUGAUUUUUGUGUUGACACUCUAUUUCUUAUGAAAACAUCUUUUGAAAAAAAGAAGAAUUGUUUUUGUUUU